UAGAUUCCGUCUACGUUCAUUUUCCAAGGAAUCUAUAAAAUCGUGUACUGAAUUUACUGAUAGUUACGGGUAACCAUGGCUGGAGCUGGUUCUGGUUCUGUGCAGAAAUCGGAGGAAGAAUGGCGGGCUAUCCUCUCCCCGGAGCAGUUCAGGAUUAUGCGCCAGAAAGGAACCGAGCUGCGAGGAACAGGCGAGUAUGACAAGUUCUUUGCUGAUGGGGUUUAUAAUUGUGCGGGUUGCGGAACACCGCUCUACAAGUCUGGUACUAAAUUCGACUCUGGCUGUGGCUGGCCUGCUUUCUUUGAGGGUCUUCCUGGAACCAUUAAUCGCUCUCCUGAUCCUGAUGGGAGGAGAACUGAGAUUACAUGUGCGGCCUGUGGAGGGCACUUGGGUCAUGUUUUUAAAGGCGAGGGGUUCAAAACACCAACAGAUGAACGCCAUUGUGUCAACAGUGUUUCUAUUAAAUUUGUUCCUGCGGAUUCCUCUGCUUCUUCUCUAUGAAGUUGAUUUGAUAGAGGUUAUGUAUUAUUAGUUAAUAAUGUUGAUAACCAAAAUGAUGAGAAUAUUGAAUAAAAUGACUAUUGUAAGCUUGAUUGCAACAUUUAGCUCAAAUGAUCAAGACAUGGUAUGUUUUGAAUUUCUAAAGCUAGGCCGCAAUGUUGUUGGCCUGAGCCACAAUGAAUUUGUAAUUUGAUUCCUCUAGUUAAGUGGCUUCUAUUGGCAAUGUUAUCU